UCACUCAAAUCAGCUCAAAGGGUACCCUAAACUGGCCUAAAGAGCAAACAUCAUCAAAAUAAUUAAAAAACAAAAACUCAUAAGGAGAAAUAUGGCAAUUUUGGUUCCAUCAAUGGCCACCCAGAAGGCUCUUACAUCUGCUAAAAAGACCUUUGGGUAUACUAAGGCUGCAACAAUGAUGGGUGCAACCAAAAAAUCAACGACCACAUCAAAUAUCAAACUGCUAACAAAUGUUGAGAAACUGAGACUGCUAACAAAGGCCGAAAAAGCCGGUUUUCUUUCUGCUGCAGAAAAGGCUGGUUUUUCAUUAUCUUCAAUAGAAAAACUUGGGUUGCUUUCCAAAGCCGAAGAGCUCGGGGUCCUCUCGGCUGCCACUGACCCGUCAACACCAUCGGCUCUGUUGACCUUAAGUUUGGCUCUACUCGGGUUGGGCCCACUUUUGGUGUUUUUGGUACCUGAGGAGUAUCCUUGGGAGAUUGGGCUACAAGUUGUGGUUGCUCUUGUUUGUGUUGUUGGUGGUUCUGCUGCUUUUGCAGCUUCAAAUUUUGUGUCUAAUUUGCAAAAGUCAAGUUAAAGUUGUAUAAAAAAGUAUAUCGUACAUUACGGCUUAACGUACUUCACGUACGGCAACGUGCGUGAUUUGUUCUAUAACAUGCGUGAUUAAUGUUUUCAAUA